AUGAUGCUACCAGCCCUGAUUCUUUGUUGUCUCUCGACCGUGUUCGCUGCCGAUGAAUUAGUCCUCCUCGACUACGCCUCUUACAAAGGCACAGCCCUUGCGAACGGGGUCACUCAAUGGCUUGGGAUGCGAUAUGCCGCACCGCCGACGGGAAGUUUGCGAUUCGCUGCGCCGCAAGAUCCUCCCAUUGUCCACGGUAUUCACGUAGCGAACAAGCACGGUGACAUCUGCUUUGGAACGGGCAACAAUGCUCACGACCCAAGAUUAUCCGAAGACUGUCUCUUCUUGGACGUCUACGCUCCAAGUCACGCAACCAACACCUCCAAACUGCCGGUCUAUUUCUUCAUUCAAGGUGGUGGCUUCAACUUCAACGCAAAUGCAAACUACAACGGCAGCGGCUUGAUCACCACGUCCGGCCAUGGGCUGAUUGUCGUGACCUUCAACUACCGCGUUGGGCCGUACGGUUUCCUCGCCAGUCGCGAAAUCCAGGACUCGCCGUCCGCCAGCUUGAACAACGGUCUCAAGGACCAACGCAAAGCACUUGAAUGGGUGCAGAAGUACAUUUCCCAGUUCGGCGGAGACCCAAAGCACGUUGUUCUGGGUGGAGAUUCCGCGGGCGCCGCAUCCAUUGCCUACCAUUUAACCGCAUACGGCGGUCGAGAUGACGGGUUGUUUGUCGCUGCCGCCGCCGAAUCGGUCAGUUUCGCACCCAUCCUGACCGUCGAGGAAAGCCAGUACCAAUAUGACAGCCUCGCGAAACGCCUUGGCUGCGCGCCACGCGCCACGAGUCAAGAUUCAACCGUCAAGGACGACACGCUGUCGUGUCUCCGCUCCAAGACCACGGCACAGCUCCAGGGACAGAACCACAACGUGCCGUAUCCCGGCGCACAGAAUCCCCCUCUGUACAUGUGGAACCCGGUGCUGGACAACACGCUGAUCCAAAACUACACCUACGCGGCCUUCGACAGUGGCCACUUCGUCCGCGUUCCCGUGCUGUUCGGCGACGACACGAACGGCGGGACGAUCUUCACUCCGCGCGGGACAUCCAGCCUGGCCCAGUCCAACACGUUCCUGCACGACCAGUUCCCCGACCUGACGUUCGACCAGCUGCAGCAGAUCGACCAGCUCUAUCCCAACCACGGGCCGCAGUUCCCCAACUCGGGCUCCUGGUGGCGACAGGUCUCCAACGCGUACGGGGACAUGCGGUACAUGUGCCCGAACCUGUUCAUCUCGUCGAGCUACGCGCGGUACGGCGUGCCGGGCAACUGGAACUACUGGUUCAACGUGCAGGACGCCGCGCAGGUGCGCCAGGGCCUGGGCGUGCCGCACACGGUCGAGCUCUCGGCCAUCUGGGGGCCCGAGAACACCAACGGCGCGGCUCCCGCGAGUUAUCGCCGCGGCGGGCCCAACGCGUGGAUCGUCCCGCUCUUGCAGGGUUACUGGAUCAGCUUCAUCCGCGCGCUCGACCCGAACCCCUUCAGGGCCCAGGGCGCACCCAUGUGGCAGGAGUUUACGCUCGCCGAUCAGGAGGGCAGCGCGGGUGCCGAUGCCGCCGGCGGCGGUGGUGGUGGUGACUGGAUGAGAAUGCUCUUCGACACGGCCGAGACGACGGGCAUGGCCGAGGUCAGCACGGCCGUCAGGAAGAGGUGUCAGUACCUCAACUCGAUCGGCUUGGCCCUCAAGCAGUAA